AUGGCUGGAAAAAAUAUUGGAGAUAGUUCACCUGAUUUAAGUCUUAAACUAAGAAGAGGUUCAUCAGAUUCAAGAGAUUCAUUUUACAUGGAUUUUGCACAGGGAAUUGAUUCCGAUAUUGAAGAAGUUGCCACAACAUCAGGAUUGCACGAUAAUGAAAUAUUAGAAAUGGAUGAUGAUGAUGAUGAUGAUGAUGAAGAAGCAACAAUAGCUGAUUCUCAAAAAAAUUUUGAAAUUGUUAAACAAGAUGAUGGUUGGCCUGGUCUUCCUCCGGGAAGCCGGCACGCGGCUCUUACGGAACCUGUUCUACUACCUUCGCCAGCUUCACCGAGUGCUGUUAUUGUAAGCCCGGAAACUCUAAGUCAUCAAUCAUCGCCACCUAAUAGAAAGCAAGAAAGAGUUCGUACCGAACCUCUUAGACGUGAUGAAUCUUCUGAUAGAUCGGAUUUGGGUGUCAAUCGACACAUUUUGACUCCGUACAUGUAUCAACCCGGACAUCAAUUAUUUCAAGCAAAUUUUCUUAAAAGGCCCUCGAGAUUGGAACAACUUCAGGUUGAUUGGAAAAGAAUGGGAUCCGAUGCUUUGGCUUCAACUUUAUCUGCAUUGUAUGGCAAACUUCUUGUAGUCAUGGGAAUUGCUUUUCCAAUGGCGGAAGUCAUAUCGACAUAUAUUCCAUCAUCUUUUUACGAAUGGUUUUAUUUAUAUCUAUAUUUUGGAAGCAUGUUAUUUUUAUUGUACAUGUAUGCUUUAAUGCUUCGUGAUAGAUCGAUCGAAUCGAGAAAUAAUAAUAAUAAUAAUAACAAUUCUCCCAAAAGAAAAAACGAAUCGAAUAGUGAAUCCUCCGGAUCGGAUUGCAGUGGCACGACUCAAAAUCCAACGGAUACGGAAUUGAGCGUGGCAACAGAAGAAAAUUACAGGCCGCAUUCGAAGAGUCAAAAUUCAACCGAUAAUUACAAUCAGUAUCAUUAUGGAAGUUUUUAUCUUAGAAUGGGUGCAGUUGCAUUUGGCAUUGGUAGCAUGAUUUAUUCAGGUUUAGAAUUUGGACAGUAUUUCGAACUUGAAAGAGAUACAAAAUGUCAUAAUGUUUUAUUAGCAUUGACACCGGCAACGAGAAUGGCAUUUAUUUUUAUACAAAUGUAUUUUAUAUUUCUUAACGAUGAGCAAAUGAAAUUUUUCAAACACAAAGUUUUGGCGAGAUUCGGUUUGAUGCACAUGAUCGGAACGAACCUUUCAGUUUGGUUAAGCGUUUUAAUACAAGAAACUAAACAUGAAAUAUUAACAUUUUACGAUCCGGAAAAUGGUACUCUCAUGUUACAACACAGGCACACGAAUAUAGGCUUGUUUUCAAUGAAUCCUCAUUCGUUUCACUUAUCCAAUUUGUCAGAGAGUCAUCAUAAUCAUCAUCAUCAUCAUCAACGCGUCACAAGAGGACUAAAAGGACCGCAUCACAUUUACGAAUGUCGUCGUACUAAUAUAAUCGGUUCCCUCGUUCAAGAUGCGAGCGGUUUCCUUUUUCCCUGCACCAUCGAAUACUCUCUCAUAUGCGCGGCCAUACUUUACGUCAUGUGGAAAAACAUAUCGAAAGUUGCACCGAGAACGAGUCCAUCGUCGGACGUUAAAAAACUCGGCCUCCACGAAACUCAUUAUCGUCGUUCUCCCCAUCACUACAGCGUGGAUUGUGCGGGAGCACACAAAGGACUCUUCGUCGGGAUACUCAUAUUAGUUUUAACAAUAAUUUCGUUGAUUUUAUUUUUCGUUUUGAUAUCCAAACCGGAAUUUGUGAGUUUGGCCGUAAUGGAAGUCAACAUAUGCGAACUCACUUUGUACGGUCUCUCAACUUUGGCUACACUCAUAGGAAUGGUUCAGGUACGACAACUUAAAUUCGAAGUCGGACGAAAUUUGGAAUUGGACAACAUAUUGCUUAUCGGAGCACAAACGGGAAUGUUUAUAUACUCGACUUUCACGGUCAUCGGCGGACAUUUCACGAUCGAAAAAAAUACCGUUUUGGUUUUGAUAACGGCUCUCGCGAGUCUCUUGCAGACGACGUGUCAAACUAUGUUCGUAUUGGAUGCUUAUCGGAGGAGUUGCGUGACUCCCGAACAAUUUCGACGUAAACCCGGAAGGGAAAUAAUAACAUUUCUCCUCGUCACGAAUCUUGCCAUGUGGGCGAUAAACACUUUGGAAAAAAGCCGAGCGGAAUCACAUCCGAUUCAAUUGCAUUUUUACGGUCUCUGGGCAUGGACCAUAAUAACUCACGUGUCCAUGCCAUUGGCCAUAUUUUAUAGAUUUCAUUCGACCGUUUGCUUAUGCGAAAUAUGGAAGAAAGCGUAUAAGAUAAAACCGACGUAUAUGUAG